GUGUACUCAGAGGACGCUUUCCCGCUCAUGUAAUUAGCUUGUCAACUUGGGUAGUUUUAUUUAGUUUUUUUUUUCUUAAUUAUAUUUGUUUAACUACCUGCAUAACAACAAUGGCGAGCGACGAAUCAGAUCAAGGCGAUACAGAAUUGACCAUUGUCGAAGAAAGUUUAAUGAGCUUGGAAAAACUUGAUCGUGCAUCACCAGAUCUUUGGCCAGAACAAAUUCCAGGUGUAAAUGAGUAUGUUGCUCAAAACUCGCCUCAUACUGAACAGCCCUAUUGGACAUCAUCUCUAACAGCCGGUGAAAUUAAUCAAUUGCAUCAAUUGGGCAAUUUAACAAUGGAUCUACUUAUAAAAGAAGUUAAAAAACUUCACGAUUUAGCUUAUGAACUUGGAGUUGAAGAAGCUAGAGAAAUGACGCGUGGUAAAUAUUUAAAUAUUUUUAAACACAAAUAAAUGUUUAGAAAACUGUAGGGAUUUGUAAAAAGAAAAUCAUAUUUUUAUUAAAUAUAUCUGUUAAAUAUAA